CUAUUUUGCUUACCAGUAUUUUCAGUUUAGCCGCAUGUGCUUAGAAUAAACAAAUAUAAACAAAACACGCAAAAUAUGGAACUAACAAAACCAUUUUACGACUUUUGCAUACCAUUCAACAAAGAUGACAAGAUCAUGCGAGCCAUACUCAAGGAAUUGGUGGAGCUGGGCUACAAAACAAUUGCCAUUGAUCAAAGCUUUGAUCAUAGCAAGAAAGAGGCAGGCAAACGUGGAUCUGAAAUGUUUCCCGAGCCACAUGCUAUUGAACACUUGCGCAAAGAAUUUAAUGAUAAAUUGAAGAUAUUGCAACGUAUUACAAUUCUUUAUGUGGAUGUUAAUGUUUCCCAUGCCAUGAGUGUAUCCUUAAAUUUACGCAAAUUUAACAUAAUUGCUGGUCAACCUAAAACAGAUGCAGCAUUGACACAUUGUUGUACCACUUUUAAUGGUGAUAUUGUCACCUUUGAUCCUUUGGCUGGCUCCCGUUUGCUGGUAAACCGGAAAGCAUAUCAGGUGGGCGUACGACGUGGUCUUUACUUUGAAAUCAAAUAUUCUCCAGCUAUAGCCGACUCGAAUAAUCGAAAGGAUAUGAUUAAGAUAGCUCAAAAUUAUUGCACCAAGGGGAAAUCAAAAAAUAUCAUAUUUAGCAGCGGGGCUUUAGAUGAUUUUCAACUUCGUGGGCCCUACGAUGUGGCCAAUUUAGCUUUCAUUUUUGGUUUGUCUGAGGAUCAGGGUAAAAAUGCUAUUAAUCGAAAUUGCAGACAAUUAUUUUUACGUGCCGAAUCUCGCCGAUUGGGUAAAACCAUAAUGUUCGUCAAAAGUCAUGGACCAAUAGUUUUUUCAGAUACUUCCGAAGAAGAAAUGAGUGAAGGAGAUGUCGAAAUUAAUAAUGUAAAUGAAAAUGAUCAGACAAAACCCAAUAAAAGACUGAAACUUGGUUAAUGUAUAAAAUUUUUAUUCAAAA